UGUUAAACCAUGAGAAGAGAUGGGAAUUAACAGAGAACAUGGCUGAAGAACCCAAUACUUGAAAGAGUUCUCCGAAGGGUAUCAACAGAGGUCAGAUUCUAAAAACCAAGUCCCAAAAACAGGACAAAUUUUCUUGGCAUUUUCCUCAACCCACUGUCUGUUUAUUAUGAGACAAGGCAUUUUCUUUGUCCUGUUCUUCACAACUCCAAAUUCCCAUUUCCAAUCAUACUCUGUUUAUGCCAUUGAACUCCAUUAGAAUAUACCUCCUUCACCUAUCAAAAUAGUUAAGAGUUAGCGCUUCAAAUUUUUACACACUUUUGCAGCUUUGGAAUUGCAUCUUCUUUUUCUGGGUUUUCUCCAAAGAUUUAUAAAAAUGAGUUCAUCAUUUUCCCUCGCUCCAAACCCUCGAAUCAUCGGAGAUCGCAAAGGAACAAAGUUCCUUCCACGACGAUCCACACUUAUAAUGAGCAGAGCUGAUGUAAUCGCAGAACCCAAAAGCAAAAACUUUCGCAGAUUAAAUUUUCCGACGUUGUCGAAACAGGGCAUUCCUCUCGCCGACUUGCACGUCGAAGAGAUCGUCCAGAGGCAAUCUCAGGCCAACCCUUUUUCCGGCGAAGAUUCGUGUAAGGAGCUGCGGCUCCAUCCUUCGUUUCUUGAAAAAGCUUAUGAGAGUUGCAGGAGAAUCUGCGCGGAAUAUGCUAAGACCUUCUAUUUGGGAACUUUGCUGAUGACGAAGGAGCGGCAAAGGGCAAUCUGGGCAAUAUAUGUUUGGUGUAGGAGAACAGAUGAACUUGUGGACGGCCCCAAUGCUGUUUACAUGAACCCAAAAGUUCUCGAUCGAUGGGAAGAACGUUUGCAAGAUAUUUUUGAGGGGUGCCCCUAUGACUUGCUGGAUGCUGCUUUGAGUCACACCGUCUCCAAAUUUCCCAUACACAUGAAGCCGUUCAGAGACAUGAUUGAGGGCAUGAGAAUGGAUACCAGAAAGUGUAGAUAUGAUAAUUUUGAAGAGCUGUAUUUGUAUUGUUACUAUGUGGCUGGAACUGUGGGCCUAAUGAGCGUGCCAGUUAUGGGAAUUGCACCCGAUUCUCCGCUUCCUACUCAAACUGUCUACAGUGCUGCUCUCCACUUGGGAAUUGGAAAUCAACUUACCAACAUCCUUAGAGAUGUGGGAGAGGAUGCUUUGAGAGGCAGGGUAUAUCUUCCUCAAGAUGAGCUUGCACAGUUCGGUUUAUGCGACGACGAUAUUCUGUCAAUGAGAGUUACCGAUAAGUGGAGAGAAUUCAUGAAAGAACAGUUGAAGAGGGCCAGGUUCUAUUUCAAGUUAGCAGAAAAGGGAGCUUCUCAGCUUGACAAGGCCAGCCGUUGGCCGGUAUGGUCAUCCUUGAUGUUGUACCGAAAAAUAUUGGAUGCAAUUGAAGAAAACGAUUACGACAACUUCACGAAGCGAGCUUAUGUAGGGAGAUCAAAGAAACUUCUCACACUACCUCUCGCAUACACCAAAGCUAUUUCAGCACCCAGGCUAGUUUUCCAUUGAUCGCAGAAGCAGAAAUUGGCUUUUGUUGACAUUUAUAAGAAGCUAAUGCAAUAUUGUCAAAUCUCUUUACACAGAUUGUGUAAAUCACAAAAUCUGAGAUAUAGAUUAUUACUACUUGCUACUGUUAUUAUUCUAAUUACAAAGGUUUCUGCAUAACAAAUUCUAUCUCGUUCGACAACAAAGAUGCAACGCAACCCCCCAUGGGGCCUGAUUGUUCAUUCAUCAAACGUAAACUUACCAAGUCGUCAAGGGCCAAAUGGGAAGUGUUGUAAAAGACAAACUGAAGAAUGGAACAAGGUGCACAAGAUCAUUGGAAAGAGUAAUAAAGGCACUCAUCGAAGGAAAUUAAACUAUUGGUCCAUCUGUAAACCCCCAAAAAUACUACAAGUAUCCUACAAAACAGUUAACAGGGAAGAAAAAAGAAAGAAAAGAAAA